UUGUUUGAGCAAUUAGGCAUGGGGCUCCAGCAAGAGCCGGGUCGCACUUAGGCAUUGUUGUGAAAAAAAUCGCGGACGGCCGAACCUAGAGCCCUCUAGGUUUGCGUGAGGUUUCGGCAGUUUAUUGGGUAAGGUUCCCGGUGGCGGCUAUUUGGAUCGCUAAGGGUACGAAGCAGGUAUUGGGGAGUGUAGAGAGGAGCACAACUGCGGCAUCGGCUGAAGAUGGAAUUCAUGCCGGACAACAACGAAAUGAAAAUCAUGAGGAAGGCCGAAGAUCUGGAAUCAGAAAAUCUCAUAGCUUGCUUGAUGUGGCAUGGAGAAGUCCAGAUUCCGGUGAUGGUGAAAGAAGACAAAGAGAUGAUGAUUUGUCCCCCUCCCGAACCGCCGCCAUGGAGGAACUGUGCGUCUAGGGUUUGAAAGACUAUUUUACUAUUUCUAGUUUGUUAUUUUCGGUUCAGACUGUUUUACUGUUUCUAUUUUGUUAGUUCUAUGACAAACAAUAAGGGGAUAGGUUGGUGUUUUGGCUUGUUUUAGUUGAUAGAUUUCUGUUUGGAAGCAAUUAAGCUGAUUCAACUGCUAAUAGCCUCUAUGCUCUCACUGUUUCAGCGAUUAGUCUCGCUCUUUCCGGGGGUGAACAACUCUAUGUCUGAUCAUGACAUGAGAGGGCCGACGAGCUUUUGGAAUUGGUUGGAUAGAGGGAGGUCGAGAUUCUGGGUGUUCGCCAGAAAAAUCACCGAACAGGUGUCGUCAAAUAGGUGUGCCGCUGAGAUCCAUGGUGGUGGAAAAAUCGCAGGCGAAGAGACAGGGAGGCUAGUCGAUGGUGUUCGAUGGAGAGGGAGAGAUGUCGUCAUUGAAUUUGUCGGAGAUGAGCUGGGCUUUUGGGUUUAGUUAUUAGAAGGGCAAAAAUGUAAUAUGGAGUCCUAUUUUGAGAAUAGUAAACUUGUAGUCCUACUUUGGAAUUUCCUUAAAGUUUUAGUCUCAUUUAGGGCAAAUUUAUCUUCUAAUAAUAAAGCAAGAUAAGUUUUUAAGUUUUAACCUUCACGUAUAUUAAGAUACUCCAAAGGUUGUGAUCCACUUAUGUAAAUUAAGAUUAUCUGUUAUUCUUUUUUUGUAUUAAAUUCUAUGUAUACUGUCUGUGAUUUGUAAGGCAUGCAUGAACAUAACUUACAACUGAUAAUUUUAUGUUUUUAUCUAAUAAAAAUAAUGCUUG